GGUUCAUGUCGUGUUCACGAUAAGGAUUAUGGGUAUGGCAUGGGGGGUGAGUUUCAUAAGGUUACUGUCUCAAAGGAAACGGCGACAGUGGAGGACGUUUCAGCCCCGGUUCGUGGUUCAGACGCUGGCGGUAACACCGCGGCCUCCUCGCGCUGAUGCAGCGGAUCAGCAGCCUCGCUGCAUGCCGGGAGCUCGGCGGCCUCGCAGCGUGCUUACCCGGGGUCUGCUCCUGGAAGAGGGGUCCGACCUGCAGCAGGCAGCCGGCCGUGCACCGGCAGUGGGCGCGGAUGUGUGUGCUUCCUGUGCGUCCUUUCACCGGGAUGUCCCGAGCAAAAAGCCGGAAGCUGUGCGGCCGGAGGUCCGUGUUCGCCGGGCAGAAACACACACUGUUCAGCUCUCAGCCUGGAGCCGACGGGCCGCCGGGGAGCUCCAGCGGGCCGCCCACUGUCUCCGUAGUGGGCACCCCGGACCCGAUCACAUGGAUCCGGUGCAAAUUUGUCAUGUAUCUCAUCGAUCUGUACUUUGAGUUAGACAUAAACUCUGUGGAGUUUGAAAGAGGAGUAAAGCAGGCUUUGGUCCACGUGUCCAACAUGAUGUCCAGUGGCAGAUACCACAAGCUGGUGGGGAUUUUGUCCAAUGAGACAAUAGAUUAUGUUCAGACGAGGUGCAGGUCUCUCACCGAUGCUCAGAGACGGCAGCUCGCUGUCACAAUGGAUGAUAUUAUAUUUAUUUCCCCAGAAGACGUGUCGGUCGUCUUUGAUCAAUACGGUAGAAAGUUCUGCUUCAUCGUCAUGAGGUGUUGGGUCCUGUCAGCAUAUGAAGGCCCUGAUGACCCAGAGGGUACAAAGCUCUUCAAAGUGGCCUCUGGUGAAGAUGGCGGCCCACAGAAGAAAAUACUGACUGCAGUCUAUGAAUUCAAACGAGAGUUGACGAUUGGAGCUUCUCCUGACUGGAAAGUCACAACUGUUUGGCACUGGCCUUGGAAAAUGGCCUAGUAAUUUGACUCAACGUUGCAAGGCCAUUUGUCAGAUGAAUUUACUUAAAAUAGACAACUUUAAACUGGACAUCUGUAAGCAGCAGAUUAAAGAACUGUAUUUGAAUCACAAGGAAGGGGACGCAGAGCCAUAAUACUGAAGCUAUACAGACAAUGGAAGACACCUCACUACGAAGUUUGUCCUCUGACCCACAGAUGCUUCAGAAGCCCUCUUCCAGUGAAAAUGUUCUGAGGUCAUACUCCUAGACCUGCUCUACAACUAGCUGUUAAGUGUGUUAUAAAAUAAACACCUACAAAAAAAAAAAAAAGAAAAACUUCAUUCCAGUUCCAUGUACCAGCUUCUUCUGGAGCUUUUAAAUCACAUCUCCCAACCAUCCUCCGCAAAUGGAGUUUGCCUAGUUGUCAUGGUGAUGUCCAUGUGACGAAAACUAAGGCAUCUCCAUGACAACUUAGAAAAGUCUAUUCACUGAGGAAGACCAUGGUUGCGUCUGAAAUUCCAUCACUAUUUUUGGUGAAAUAGUACAGUAUGCAAAAACUGGACAGUAUGCGGGCAUAAAUAUCACACAAUAGUGAAGACAACGUUCACAACAGACAACUAUAUGUAUUGAGUAUGUAAUGCACACUAUGUGAUUUAGUGUGGGAUGUAGCACAUGAGAUGUAACUGAAGGUUCCAGAAAAAGUGGAUCAGUAGAAACUGAGUUUGUUAAAGUUGUAUCAAUAAAUUGCUUGAUCAUAGCACCAAA